AUGUACCCACCGAGACUCGAGCACUUGUUCUACUUCUUUGCCUCAUUAUCAAUGUUUACUUGCUUUUUCGAAAAUUCCCUCAAUCUGCACUCGAAUUUCGUCAAUCAGGAGGGGAAAACGUGCAAUGUUUGGGAUGAAGCCGUUUACUGUCAACAGCUUAUCAUCGAUCGAUCGUCAACGGUGGCCGCGGUUUCAGUGAAAUGCGCAUGUCCUGAUGGGUAUCGAUGUCCCUCGAAUCCCGAUGAUACCCAAGCGAGAGUACAAUGUUUUCGCGAUGAGGAUCGUGACUGGAAUCGUUGUCUGAUGCGAUGUGUGCCGAUUGGAGUG